AAACACUUCCUUGGUUUUGGGUUGAGAGUUGAAACGCGUGUCCCACAUGACACAUGUAAGAUGGCUCUGCUCGUCAGCUUUUGAGUUAUAGCUGCUGAAAAGGCUGUUUAAUUUUCAGGGAUGGACAUUAUGCAGCUGGUAUAACAUAAGUGCGGUCAACUUGAAUAUUUCUAUCUAUAACAAGAUGUCACACGAUACCAUAUUCGUAAGGGAAUCGGGAGAGAAACUCCCCAGGUCUUUGAUCAUCGAAUUACUACUGAAAAAGUACGAACGGCUUCCAGACACAGACAAGAAGCUGUUUGCCUAUGGCCCCGUAUACCUCGGAGCGAACGGAGCGUUUGCUGGACUGAUUGCCAAUAGUUUAUUUCGGCGGGUCCUGAAUGUCACUCAGGGUCGAAUCACGUCAUGUUUGCCCAUGGCCGUGCUGCCAUUUCUUACAACGGUGGCGUUGUACAACGGUGUUGUGUCUAAUUCAUUGAUGUCCGGGGAGCUGAAUUGUCCAACCUGCGCACUGAUAAGAGGCGGUGUCGUAGGAGCCGUAAGCGGUGGCCUAUAUCCAAUCUUGUUGGCCUUACCUGUCAACGCAGGCCUUGCAACCAGGUAUAAUACAGCACCUAUGCCUGGAAAAGGAAACAUACUCCGCUUUUGGAUGGCCGUAACCCAGCCCAUUGUGAGGAAGAUGUCCUUCGUGGUGAUCCUGCAGACUCUUUUUGGGGUUUUCUUGAGUUCUAAGCACUACGACAUCUAUGUUAAAAUGCUGAAGCUACCUGAAACAGACAGUGAAGAGCUGAAGGAAUAAAUGCAAAACUUAACCCAUCA